GGCUAUUGUACCUGGGGGUCUGCACACGCACAAAAGAAGCCUGCCAGCAUUGAACAACACACUCUGGAUUCUUAACAAAUUGACGUCGGUUUUUCAUGCGUCUGUCAUAACAUUGUCAACUACGAGGCGAUAGCCGAGUGGAUCCACAGCUACUUUGACAAUGUUCUGACGAAAUUCAUUCAAUGACAGGACAGACGCAUGAAAAACUGUCGCCAAUUUGUUUUUUUACAAUAAAUUGUCAAAUUGUCCGCUCUCGCUCGUUGACGCAUCGUAUAAAUCAUAAAUUUAUGUGUGUCCGCUUUUUGACAAUGAAAAUUAGCCAAUGAGCGCACGAGAAUUUCUGCAGUUAUUGUAAAAUUGGCAGUUGACGUUUCGAACGUAAUUCGAGAAACGUAGGAAAUAUUUGGCAGAGAGGGGUUUCUUUAAUUGUGAUAUUUCCUAUGAGCUGGAUGCCAGAGAUUUUGUAUGCGCGUGCCGUCCUCCAGCCGAACCAAAGCAUCCCGCCACAUGAGCGAGGAAAAAUCUCCGGUACCCAGGGUAUAUGUAUUACACAAUCACUUCACUGUUCAUGAAAUAAAAAAAGUCUAAAUACAGAAAAAAAAAAAAAAAAAAAACUUCACUUCUUUGAAUCAAUUCGACCAUGAAAGUGCACAUCCACCAUGAUCAGUGAAUGAGUCCAGCAGAAGAGAGGCAAACUCUGAAGUUGGGCUCAAAGGAUCACCCGCCGGGCAGGGCGAGCUUGACAGUGCAUCAGGUUCGUUCAAUCUUAACACGCACAGAGAACUACUUCACUUCUAGGGUACAGCUAGUCCAGUUUGGCUUUCUAUCACCAAAACGUUAUGACCAUUUUAUUUUGGUAGUCACACAACUCUUGCGCGACGAUUCAAAGAUUAGCCUGUAGGCAGGUUCCUUUUAUAGUAAGGUACAGGGCGAAAAAAAUUAGAAAGCCGAGUGUUUCUGAUUCUUCAAGAGAUCUUUCUCCCCAGACCAGCUCCAUAGUGAAGAUCGGGCUCCUGUGAAGGUGAAUAAGGGUUACGUGAAGCGAUCACAUAUAUACUGACUAUAACAUGCAAAUAUAAUAAUGUAGUGAAUUUAUGAAACCAUGCGUGACUGCCCAACAUUGAUAGCUUAGUAACGGAGGUCAUGCGUUACUUGAAUUGCUGACUCACUUUUGCAAAGAGUAGUCGCAGUUCAUAGUCCGUUAUUAGCCACUCAUUGUAAGGUUGCAUGCGAGGAGUGCGCGACGGUGAAAAUGAUACUUUUAGACGAUCUUGGAACGUUCUUUACGGUUCUGAUCAACGUGCACAUGAGGUUUGACUCUGUUCAUGUGCAGAAAGAACCAGUGACUUUCAGUUCCCUUAACCCGCUCGGUGAUUGCCCCGGAUCACUGAACGGAGGUAUGCGUGAUCCGAUGAAAUGCCUUCUUGUUGUCCAAGAAUGGUGGGGCAUGAACGAGCAAAUAAAGCAGCAGGCGCUGGACAUAGGGACGCAGGGAAAGUUUGUGACUAUGGUUCCUGAUUUGUACCGAGGAAAAGUCGCUAAAAACAGCACUGCUGCGCUUCAUUUGGUUCAAAACUUGGAUUAUCCAGAUGCAAUCAAGGACAUCCAAGGAGCGGCCCAGUAUCUUAUCAAACAAGGUUGCAAAAAGGUCGGCAUCACUGGUUUCUGCAUGGGAGGAUCGCUGUCCUUAGCUGCCGCCGCUCUUGUACCGGAAGUCUCUGCUGCCGCACCGUUUUAUGGCAUUCCGCCGCCCUCGCUAGCGAACGUGUCCACCAUUAAGAUACCGGUGCAGUGCCACUUUGGCAGUCAAGACGUGUCUAACACAGCUAACCCUACAGAGUACGGCAAGCUGCGGGACCUGCUGGACGCGGGAGGCGUGGACUACGAAUUUUACGAGUAUGAUGCUGGCCAUGCUUUUACUAAUCCAAACAGCGCUAACUACAACAAGACCAUAGCUGAGCUGUCUGUUGGACGAAUGAUUGAUUUCAUGAAGAAACAUUUGAACUAAAAAACAAACAAGCAAACAAGAAAUUUAUUCAUUUUUCCUUCAUCUAGUUUGAGUGAUACCGUCGCAAAAUCUGGGACUAAGUCUGCUUUUCUAAUUGUUUAUUUUGUAAAAAAUCUGCAAAGUACUUAACAAUAUUGUUCACGACCAUUCACCAAUGACACAGCAAACACGCUAAGGGGUCCGACAUUUACUUAAAAUGUAAUAAAUAAAAGACCUCAGAAUUAAAAUUU